UAUAUAUAUUUUUAUAAAUUAAUUCUACAAGUGUUUUAUAUAUAUAUGUAUAUAUGUUUAUUAUGUAUUUACACAAAUUAAUUGAAAAUAAAGUAUAAUAAUUCAAUGUAUAUUUUUAAAGAAUUAUAUAUCUGUUGAAAAAGAAUGUUAUUAAAUGCUAAUAUUUAGAAAACAAGUUAAAGCAAAGAAGAAUUUGUAAUGAAUAUGUCAAAUUAUUACGAUGAACGGAAAAAUCAGAGAUCCUAUCAAGAAUUGGAAGAAUUUCAUGGUCCUGAUUUAAAUACCCUUACUGGUACUCCUAGAUGCAAUAAUGAUGAUAGCCUCCAUAGAUCAAUGGAACUUAAUUCCACAGUUAUUGUAUCUGAUGAUACAUUUACCGUAGGACAAGCAAUUAAUUCAUUAGGAUUUGGAAGCUUUCAAGUAAAAUUAUCCUUAAUCACAGGACUUUGCUGGAUGGCAGACAGCAUGGAAAUUACUAUUCUCAGUAUUUUAAGUCCAAUUUUGCAUUGUGAUUGGAAAAUAACAAAAUAUGAACAAGCACUCAUUACAACAGUGGUUUUUUUAGGGAUGGUUCUCAGUUCAACAUUUUGGAGUAAUUUAAGUGAUAGAUAUGGCAGAAAAAGAACUUUAACACUUUGUGGAGUUUUAUUAUUUUAUUAUGGAUUUCUCAGCUCACUUGCUCCAAAUUUUUUGUGGAUUCUACUACUCAGAGGACUGGUUGGUUUCGCUAUUGGAUGUGUUCCACAGUCAGUAACAUUGUAUGCUGAGUUUUUACCUUCUGAUAAGAGAACAAAAUGUGUCGUCUUGUUGGACUGUUUUUGGGCGUUAGGAGCAUGCUUUGGAAUAGUUUUAGCCUUAAUUGUAAUGCCAAAUUUUGGAUGGCGAUGGCUUCUUUCAAUAUCAACAAUUCCCCUAUUUCUUUUUUCUCUUUUCACUCCAUGGCUUCCAGAAUCAGUUUAUUUUGAUUUAAUAUCAGGUCGAACAGACAGUGCAUUAAGCACACUAAAACGAGUUGCUCGAGAAAAUAAUAAGCCAAUGCCAAUUGGUAGACUCGUUUUAGAUCGUGUUCAAUCAAAUAGCAAAAACAAAUGGUCCGAAUUGCUUAGUAGGCAAAUGUACAAAACAACAAUUUUACUUUGGAUUGUGUGGUAUAUUUCAAACUCGAUGGCUAGUGCAUUUUGUUAUUACGGCAUUGUCUUGAUAACCACAGAACUACUUAAUACAAGUUCCGAACGGUGCAAUAUUAGAGAAAAAAACUCAAAUGAAGAUUGUCGAGCCUCUUGUCAGUUAUCUGGGAGUGAUUAUAUUGAUAUAUUAUGGACAACUUUAGCAGAGUUCCCAGGGAUAUUUUCUACAAUAUUUCUAAUCGAUAAAAUAGGAAAAAAAUUGACUAUGGUUAUUCAGUUAUUAAUGUUCGCAGUAGUUGUUUAUUUUCUAAGCAGAGCUUGUUUCCUUAGUAGAUUCAUUUUAACCAUAGGACUUUUCUUAAGCAGAGGUUUAAUUGCCGGAGUUUUUCAAGCAGCAUACGUUUAUACUCCUGAAAUGUAUCCAAAUUAUUUACGUGAUAGAGGCGUUAGUACCUGCACAGGAAUGGCACGUUUUGGUGCAAUGAUUACUCCUUAUGUUGCUAUUAUUUUUUUACAAUCGUCUUCUUUGCUUGCAAUGUCUCUAUACUGUUUGACAGCUAUUUCAGCAGCAGUGGCAAUUAUCGCAUUGCCCCGCUAAUAAAUAUAAUAAAACUGGUGUUAAUGAAAUUCUUCUUUUUUUUUUUAAUAAUUAUAUACCUAUACGGCGAUAAUAAAUUUGAAUUUUGAAAAUCUA